AUGCAAACUGUCGUGGCAGAUUGGGACACAACUCUGUCUGUGUCACAUCGGUUGUACACACGUCAAAUUCAUCCUCCAUGUCCCAUUCUUGGAGGGUUAUUGACACCAUGUACAGAGGAGGAAUGGCGAAAAAUCGCGUCGCAGUAUGAACAACUUUGGAACUUUCCAAAUUGUAUUGGUUCUAUGGAUGGCAAGCACAUUGUCAUAAAGCAGCCAAAAAAUAGUGGAUCGUUUUAUUUCAAUUAUAAAGGCACUUUCAGCAUUGUUCUGCUCGCCCUUGUCGACGCAAAUUACAAAUUUAUUUACGUUGAUGUGGGUUGCAACGGCAGGAUUAGUGAUGGAGGGGUGUAUCAAAAUUCUACACUUUCAAAAGCCAUACACGACAACGUUGUCAAUAUUCCACCCCAAAGGUUAGUAGGAAACGGGGAAUAUUUACUACCACAUGUCAUAGUCGCAGAUGAUGCUUUUCCGCUAAAAAAAUAUAUCAUGAAACCCUAUGCGUUUCGAGGCUUAUCUCGUGAGAAACGAAUUUUCAACUACCGAUUAAGCAGAGCGCGCCGUAUAGUAGAAAAUGCUUUUGGGAUAUUAGCAAAUAGAUUUCGCGUUUUUUUGUCACCAAUGUUGCUAUCACCCGAAAAUGUAGAGAAAGUCACGCUAGCAUGUUGCGCACUUCACAAUUUUCUUUGUGAGAAAACACCCUCAGAGUAUUCACCACCAGGGUCAUUUGAUGUUGAAAAUUUGGAAAAUGGUUCCGUCCACAGUGGUGAAUGGCGUUCACAAACACAAAGAGGAAUGGAGUCGAUUAAUUUCGCUGGAAGCAACAACUACAAAAAUGAUGCGAAAGAUAUCAGGGAUAAAUUUUGUGCGUACUUUAACUCCACCGGUGCUGUUCCAUGGCAAGAAAAAUUUGUCUGA